GCAUCAGGAGUCGUACGUUCUACAGCAAGUGAGCAUCGGCUAAGCACAGUCAAACAAACCCGAUGGGAACAAACUGUGAUCUCAUCGUCAUCGUUGACAAGAAGGGGAUUCUUCCGGCCGGCAGCAGGUAGCUGGUUGGCUUCUUCUUCUUCACCUCUAUUCCCUCUCAAUAUCCGGCAAAGAAUCAUCGAAAUGUCAAUCCCACAACUAUAAAUGGCGAGCUGACUUUGGGUUUUUUUUUGUCAAACAACAAAUGGAUCGCAUCCCUUCACUGCCAUAUCCAGAAAUGGAGAACAUCAAUCCCUUUCCGGUGGUCGUCGAUUCCCCUGCCUUGCGCCCCGGCCUGCUCUUCGAUGUCGACUCCUACCCGGAUUUCGACAUCAUGGAUAUGGCGGAUCAGCUUGAUUACCACCAUGAGGAGGUAAACGCAGAGGAAGAAGAAGAAGCAGAGAAGUUCAACUAUGAGGAGGAGGAGGAGCAAGCCUUCAAUUCCAGAGCAUGGUUCGACAUUCUCAAGCACCGCCUCUCCUCCUCCUCCUCCCCUGCCGCCGCCAAAACCCCUGAAUCGGCCGCCGCCGUGGGUAGCCGGAAAUUGUGGACCAACGAAAUUAUCAAGCUGGCAGGGGCGAGAAUCAUUCAAUCGAGGUCUUCCACUGAUGGGAUUGAUGUUCCGGCGAUGUUCGGCGGCGGACUUAGCCAGGAAGAAGCCAAGGACGUAGAGCUCAUGGAGCACCUCCUCGAGUGCGCCGAGAAAGUCGGGAAGGGGGAAUUCGACCGCGCAAUCGAACUCCUCGGCCGCUGCAACUGCUGGGCUUCGCAGACCGGGAACCCGGUCCAGCGUCUAGCAUACUACUUCGGCAACGCCCUGCGGCAGAGGAUGGAAGAAGGAACAGAGGAGGUCGGAGCAGAGGCAGAGCAGGACGACGACGAUCGGAAGCCGUUCGAAUCCGACACGGCCGUAACGCUCCCGGACGAGCACGGGGUGGAAUUCCACAAGAGCGUGCCGUUCUACACGGCCUCCCAGCUCGCCGCGGUCCAGAUCAUGAUGGAGAACGUCGCCGGAGAGAAGCGGAUCCACGUGAUCGAGCUCCGGAUCUGCUCCGGCCUGCCGAUGAUCGCCCUGAUGCAGGCUCUAACUUCGUCGGGUCCUACCAAUUCGAUCGAGAUGCUGCGGAUCACCGCCCUGGCGAACGACGAAUCGGAGGAGCGAUUCAUCCACGGGUCGGGCGAGCGGCUGGUGGGUUUCGCCAAAGAAAUGGGACUGCCUUUCUCUUUCAAGAUCGUCCGAAUUUGGGAUUCCCUUGCCGGGGCGGUGCACAAGGAUCAACUGGAUCUCGAGCCGAAGGAAGCCGCGGUGGUGGUCGCCGAAUUCGCGCUCAAUCCGCUGAUCGCGAGGCCCCACCGGCUCGAAUCGAUGAUGAAGCUGGUCCGAUCCAUCCGGCCGCGGGUGAUGGUGGUGACCGAGACGGAGGCGAACCACAACGCGCCCGAUUUCGGACACCGAUUCGUCGAGACUCUGUUCACCGCCGGCGGGCACUUCGACUGCCUGGCGGAGUGUAUGGCGGGGAACGACGCGGCGAGGACGGCGGUGGAGUCGUCGUACUUGAACGACAGGAUCAGGAACAUCUUGGUGGCGGAAGGGGAGAAGAGGAUUGUUAGGGAUGUGAAGCUGACGGUUUGGAGGAAGUACUUUGCCCGGUUCGGAAUGCUGGAGAUCGCCAUUAGAGGGCUGGCGCUGCAGCAUGCGAGCAUGGUGAUUCGAGAGUCUCCCUGCGCGGGUUCCUGCCUGGUUGCUCUGGAUUUCAAGAGCUUGGUGAUUGGGUGGAAGGAUACGCCGUUGGUGUUUGUUUCUGCCUGGAAGUUUAUGAAGGCAGUGCCGCAAUAGCUCGCGAGCUGAUUUGUGUAUUUGAAUUCAUGAGCGAAGUUCAGUGUAGUUCUCGCCGCCUCUCGGGACGACUAACUGGGUUGCCCGUGAAAUGACGUGAGUUAUUUUUCUCUUGUCUCGUCUAAGGUUGUGAUCAUUUGCUUUUGUAUCUUGAGUUGGGAGUGGGUGUGGAGUGUCAAGAGAGUUUCUUUUUAUUGUUAAUUUGUGUGACAAAGAGAAAAUAUCCCUGUCGGCAAGCAACAUCAACAUCUAAAUUCGGAAGAUAUUUCCAACAUAAAAUAACUCGAUAUAAGUAAUAAGUUGUAGAAUUGGAAAAACAAUAGGUUAGGAACUUAGCUAAUAAGCAAAAUACGAGCUCGAGAGGCUAUCAUGUAAAAAAAGACAACGAAAUGUACAACAACAUAAUCUCUAACAAUAACCAUAGGAACAUAUGUGACGAGGUCCAUUCUGCGACCGAUAUGAUCCACCCUGCAAGGAUUAUUAAACCGUAUCGUCGAUCGAUCAUAAAAACAGUCUACUGCCAUUUAAAUCGGUAUAUGCCAUAGAAAUAUCACGAAGACAUCAUUCCAACGAUUUUACGCAGUUAAGUAGACAAUCCCAAGUAAUCUCGUCUACUGAUUUCGAUAUUUCAAUUAUCUUUAUCGAAACUGCUUCACAAUUAUCUCUUCUGAUUAUAAGAAUAAUAAGUAAGUAAUUGAUAGACAAGUGUCACAAUUAUUUGUUCCCUAGUUUUUCUCUUUAACAAUUUUGUUGUUGUGGUUUUUUUUUUUUUUUCAUAAAUGGGAGAAAAGAUCUCGAUAUUAUCAUUUUCCUUUCUAUAUUUUCUCUCCCUUGAUAGAUAAAUUAAAACUUCUAUCAUUAUCAUUCAUAAAAUAUAAGCAGCAGAAGUAGGAAAAGUUGUACAAACUAGGAAUACUAUCAGGUUAGCAAAAGGGCGGAAGAAAGAAAGAGAAGAAAAAAGCCAAACAAAAGCAGUCCAAGCCGGAAAUACAAAAUAGAAACAGUCCCAACCUGGGAUUCUCAAAACCAAACAAAACCCGACGGAAGAGUUGCAACCAGCCCGGCGGAAGAUGAGAGGGAAUGCAAAUACAAUCACAAUCAGCGGACCACCAAAACAAAAACAAAAAGAAAACAAUAUUAGCAAGGGACGAGAAUAGGAUGUAAAUUGAACACGAAUGGAAAUGGAGUGGGUGGGGUACCUGUUUCGUAGGGCUGGGAAAAUAAACCAGACCGUUAGAAAAAUCGUGGUCCAAACCGUACCGUACAGUUUGGUCUGGACUGUAGAUCGUUAAGUAUGGUCUGGUCUGGUCCAUGAUCUGGUUUAUUUUAUGUUUUGAUCUCUUGGUCUAGUUUGGUCUAGACCGCGGUUUACCGGACCAAACCGUGGACCCAACCGACUUGUCAAUACGUGUUAAUAGCCAAUUCGAUCACCCUCCCAACUCACACAACGACACCCAAAUCUCAACCUUAAUUUUGAGAAUCUCGUCUCUCCUUCGUUCACAACCACAUUUAACCAGAGAGUAGAGAUAAUCGUGUCUCCAUAUGACAUUAUGUUAAUGUUUAUAACGUUAUGGUGCAAGUUUGUAUGCUUUUACUUUGUAUUUUUGUUAUUUCUAAGAUUUAGGAUAUCAAAAUUAUUCAUGCAUGUUAAGAUUAAUAUUUUAAGGCAAAUAAUAAUUAUUUUUCUUGGUUAUUGGUUCAAUUUUUUGUGUAGUUGACUAAACAAAUUAUUCAUUUUUCUUUGAGUGUGGUCUAUCUGGACCAGACCAAACCAGACCGCACAGGCGUGGUCUAGACCGGACCAUAUAGUCUGUGGUCUGGUCUGUGGUCUAUACUUCAGCCUCUCGGUCUGGACCAUAGACCGUAUAAAUGGUCUGGUCUAGA